AACGUCACGUGACGCAUCCUCCACGUUGGUCAACCAAAGUGGGUCACGUGCCCCCCGUGAUUUGCGCUAAACAAGAUGGCGUCCCAACAUCGAGUCUGAUUGGCGCAUCCACGUCACGUGAUGCCACGUUGGUGAAUCGAGUGCGCGGCCAUUUUCUGGGUGUUGUUCCGUCUUCUUCUCGUUGCCUCCUCUCUCCGCCUCUCCCUCCGGCGGCGCUCUGCCGGCCUGCACCCCGAGUCCCGAUUCUACUCCUUCGCUCCGGGGAAGGCCAAGCGAUGGCGAUCUGAGCGGCGGGGCGUUGGCGGCUCGGACUUCGGCAUCGGCAGCGGCGGCACAGACAACGGCGAUGGCGAGGCGCCGUGCAGCACUCACAAAGGAGGCCAAGGCCUCGGGAGACGCCGCUGGGAGACGUGGCUUCAUCUUCAUCACACGACACCGCCCCAAGCUGAGAUUCGCAGCAAGAGACACCAGUUCAGAUGUCUCGGCUCCUGUCGUCUCUCAUCAUGGACGUGGACGACCGCCUGUUGCUGCUGCCUGGGCUGGAGGAGCAGCUGCCGGAGGCCAGGCCCGUGUGCCCCCUGCUCCCUGCUGAGGGAGCCGUAGGGGUAGCCCAGCCCCCUCGCUCCCCUGACCGCAGGGUGUGUGGCAGCGGUGACUUUCCAACCCCCACGCUGCUGGGAACGUGGGAGGAAGCCCGGCAUGAUCCUUAUGAUACUCCAUUAUUGAGUCCGAUUGGGGGCAACUCACUGGUUGACACCAUUGACCUGGAGCUGCUUGUGGACGAGCUGAUGGGCGACUCGACUAAUGGAAUUCUGUGCCUCGAUUCCCUGCUGGAACCGUCGUCGCUCCACGGGACAGAGUAUGUUGCCGUGGAGCUUGACCAUACCGAAGAAGAGUCGCCCUUCGAUCUUGGAGUUUCUGCCCUGUUCACCAGCAUCGAAGACACCGAACUCAUGGAGCUGUCUGACCUGGAUUUGCUGGAAUCCUCAUCGUGGAUCAGUCCCACCUCCCCUAUUGUUUAUUCCUCUCACAACAAUAGCAUUAUUCCCAGUACCACCACAGAUUCGGAUACAGUGAGUACCGUCGAGGUAGCAAGACAGAUUGAUAGUGACACCAAGGUAAACUCAGACAUCAAUUUAAGCCACAUUGAUGUUCCAGGGUGGAUAAGCAAGUCGGAUUUGCAAUCACGGUUCCCAAAGUGUGGCACCGUGGUGGAGAGUGGCGUCAGCAAAAGCUACGACCACUGCAGCAGCAGCAGCGGCUAUAGCAGUGACACCUCCGAUCGGCCAGAUUCUCAGAUAAUACCGCUUGGCAGCAGUGCCAUUGGCAGUGACGAGGUCGUAGGCGAUGGCGCUGCACUGCUGGGGCAGCAGCUGCUGACUGUAGCCGCCACGGCACUGUCUGGAGGGUGCGAGCGUCGACUGCGGAAGAAGCAGCAAAACCAGCGGGCGGCCGUGCGCUACAGGCAGCGCAAGCGCACGGAGCACGAUACUUUGAAGGGGACGAUGAGUGGGGAACAGGCGCGGAACAGGCAACUCAGGGAGCGCGUCGACGCCAUCAGCAAGGAGCUGCUGUACUUGCGCGGGCUGUUGGAGGAGUUGUACGGCACCAGCCUCUCCAAGCAGAGUGCUUCGCUUGUCUGAUUACACCCCCAAGGGAACCUCGCGAUGGGAGCCACAAAGAGUGGUAGUGAAUAGGUUAUGAUGAAAAUUAUCAUUGUGCCCAUUACUGCGUUGUCAAGGGCUUUGACCUGUUGUGUGGUAGAGGUGGAAGCUGUCACUUGGCUGCCUUGCCAAAGGAUGAUGAUAUUUGGGGAGCCGUGAUAUGACGUUUAAAGUUAGUGGUGGAAUACUGUCUUUGGCCUCUUAAUCUUUUUUUAAAUUAAGGUACAGUGCUGUGGGUAGUCCUAAUAAAGUAAACAAGUUAACAUUAAGCCCAUGUUUAGUGUCGUGUGUACUGUGGGAGCGGAUGCCAAUUGGGGAGAACUUAUCCAGUUUGGGGGAUCUGGAAUACAACAAACCCUUCUCGCGGGUUUAGCUUUUGUGGUUUUGCGCCAGAUCUAUUGAGGUACAGUUUGCCGAUCGCGCCGCUGUGCCGGCUGAACUAUUUGUGGUUGACUGCAAGAUUCCUGUACACAACGUAACUACUCGCGAAGGUGCAGCCGCAGAUGAACACAUGCGCUGUCUUAUCUCUGUCUUGUCUCCCAAGCGGCCCAUCAAGAUAGCUAAACUCGCAAGGGGGAAGGAUUUGCUGUAUAAAACAAGCAAUUGCAGCGCACAUGGAUGGGUGAGGUAUAUAAGGGCACGAUUUCGUACGACACUAGUGAUAAGUGUAAUCCUUUAGUUGCACAGAGUUGUAAUCGGUGCGGUGAUCACCAGGACAUCAAAUUCUGUGGAACCUGUCCUGUGCACGAGAUGAUUGUACUGAUGUCAUAUAGGGGAGCCUGCACACAUGCUACCAUAAUUCUUCUUAAAGAGGUCGUUUCUGCUUUAGAGUCAACAAUAUUUUUUUCUUGAGUAAAACACAUUGAACUAAGAAGCUGUGUUUCAAGGGUGACUCGGCUGUUAGACAACAUAAAAGUAGUCCACGAUUACAGAUAAGCAAUUAUAUUGUGAAAUUAAGUCAAACUUCAACUUUAGUGAUGUUAAUACAUCCGUUUCAAUGA